UGGGCGAGUUCAUACACAAAUCACGCCGUACACAUUUCAAGUGAAAACACGAUCUGUGUAACUUAGUUUAUAAUGCGGAUGUAUGUUCGUACAUUUUUCUUGUGCAUGGCUAUCGCCCUUCUCUCUUUAAUAUUUGUGUUCAGUAAACACGAUCCAGAAACUUCUCCAGCCGGAUUAAAGGAAGUUAAGAUGCCCGUGGGGAACUUCAACAGAGCAAAAGCAAAACAACGACCCGCGACUGCAGCAGGGUCACACAGAUUCGGGGAUGUUAAACACAAAGUGAAUGCUGCUGGACAGCAUGCGACAACGAUGCACCUUGCAGUGGUGGCCUGCGGACAAAGACGAAGAGAAGCGGUCAACAUGCUCAAGACGGCAGCCAUGCUAAGCAGCCGAGCCAUGAGAUUUCACAUCUUUGCAGAGGAUCAGUUGCACGCUAGCAUUAAGGCAACGUUGGAUUCCUGGCCAGCUUUCAUUUCUUUGAAAUUCAGCUAUGUUGUUCACCCCAUUUCAUUCCCGAAUGACCACCACGAAGAGUGGAGUCAGCUUUUCAAGCCGUGUGCAUCCCAGAGACUCUUCCUACCAAUGAUCCUGAGAAAUGUGGACUCUUUACUGUAUGUGGACACCGAUGUCCUCUUCCUACGGCCUGUAGAGUUCAUCUGGGACAUGUUGGCACGUUUUAACUCCACUCAGUUGGUAGCUAUGGCACCAGAACACGAGGAACCUCGGAUUGCCUGGUACAGUCGCUUUUCCCGUCAUCCGUAUUACGGAAAAACAGGCAUCAACUCAGGCGUAAUGCUGAUGAAUUUGACCCGGAUGCGAAUGGCACAGUUCAAGAAUGACAUGACUUCUGUUGGUCUUCACUGGGAUGAGCUACUUAUGCCUUUACUACAGAAAUAUAAGCUUAAUAUAACCUGGGGUGACCAAGACCUCAUUAACAUCAUCUUUCAUUACAAUCCAGAGAUGCUGUUUGUUUUUCCUUGCCAUUGGAAUUAUCGUCCCGACCACUGCAUCUACGGUAGCAACUGCAUCCCGGCUGAGGAGGAGGGCGUGGUCACCCUACACGGCAACAGAGGAGUGUUUCACAACGACAAACAGCCAGCCUUCAAAGCUGUGUAUCAAGCUUUCAAACAGUACAUAUUUGGAGAGGAUCUUCUGAGGUCAUUCUUGUUACCCCUGGAAAUAGAGCUGAACACAACCACGCACACGUACUGUGGAAAAGUGAGUUCUUUUUUUACCAGAGGGCUCGGAAAGUCUGUCAGGAGGAUUCGGAGAGCGACGGCACCGGGUGGAUAAGAGCGACGCUGAGAAGUGGCUGAAUAAAAGCGGGAAUGAAUUCGCAGAAACUGGAUAAAAGCACCACUGCUGUACCAGUCGUGUCUGGGCAGUCAGAUCUAGGCUUAAAAUCCUGCGGUGCCCCGGGGAGCCAUUUUGCAUUUAAAAUAGGCAUCCAAACACAGCACAGAUGUCUAGGUUGAAACAAGGCAAAAUUUGGGCUGUCUGUGAAAACCUAAUAGACACAUCCUGCAAGAUAUUUUUGCAUAAACGACCAAAUUCAAGUUUAUUUUAUCUAGAUGUGUUUUCCUUAUAGCCAGACUAUACCUGGUUUAUAGUUAACCUAGACAGUGAAAUGAUGGAUAAUGCUUGCUGGGGCAGGUUAACUGGACUAAAGACUGGAUGGUGGCCUUAGUUGAAGUUUUAAUGGGUAAUGUUUACACACAAAGUAAAAAUUAUAUGUGCAUUUCUACUGAUAUGUUUUAAAGUCCCUUACAAAAAAUAACCGUGGUUUUACUACAGUUAAAACCCAAAAACCUGGUUAUUGUAGUAAACCAUGGUUACCACAAAAUGCCCAUAGUUAAACCAUGGUUAGUGUAGUAAAACAAUGGUCUUGCUAAUAGUAAUCAAUACACCAAAAAAAAAACAUGGUUACUACACAAAAAACAUGGUUAAUUUUCGUAAGGGGCGGUAUUUGCUUUAAAUUUAUUUAUACUGUUAAACCGUUAUUGAAUGUUUUGCAGACAUAAAGUGGGACAUACUUGAGAAUGUAAUUAUAUUUCUGUGUAAAAUAUUUUGUUUUUGCCCAAAAAUAAAAAAAUUCUCUCAUUUACUCACCGUUAUGCAUGGAUCCAAUUCCCCGGUCCCUUUUAAAGGUGGGGUGCAUGAUCUCUGAAAGCCAAUGUUGAUACCCCAAUAGAAUCUGGACCUUCUUUUGAUAGACCCGCCCCACACAUAAACAACCCAUGCAAUGAUGUAGGUUAGUAGACACGCCCCUUACUGCUGAUUGGCUACAAGUGUGUUUUGGUACUCGGCCCGACUCCCUUUUCCAAAGUGUUUUUCAAAAAUCAUGCACCCCGCCUUUAACUAAAAAAGAAUGAGCUGUUUUUAUCUACAUACACUGUGGGUCCCCUUACAUGUAAGUCACCAUUUCACACCGCCAUUUUUCUACAGUAGCCCUAAACGGACAAACUACUUUAUAAUGUGCGUUUUGUCACUUUGUUGUCUCAGGCGAUGAGGUUUUUGUCCUGUGGCGGCUACCGUAGCUCUAUGCGUUUCGAAAGGGAGGGGUAAACUGCACUAAGCCGUUGGUUGCAAUUCACAAUCUUACCUCUAGAUGCUUCUUAAAAUCUACAUACUGGACCUUUAAAUGAUGAUAUUCAUGUAAAGUAAAACUAUCUACAUAUUUGACUUCAUGACUUUGUUACUCAUUUACACUUCUUGUGAAGACUUUUUU